CAACACAAUUCACACUCAAACAAGAAACUCACACCAAGCACACACUACACCCACUACACUCACCAAGUAAAGGGUCAUAAACACACACCUAUAUUUACAUCAGCAAAGAUCACAGAUGGAGAAAGGCAAACUGACCAUAAUGGCAGUCACCCUUUUAGCACUGGUGGCUUUUCUUCUGCCAGUCAAGACCAACGCACUCGUACCUUACGCACGCUCAAUUUGGGACAUGAUGCUUCCCCCAGACGACCCCUUCAAGAUCCUCGAACACUCCCCUCUGGGCCUUCCUAGAGGAGUGGUGGACGAGAACGCCCUGGCCCUUGCCCGGGCAGACUGGAGGGAGACGCCGGUGGCGCACGAGAUAUCCCUGGACAUCCCCGGGAUGAAGAAGGAGGAUAUCAAGAUCGAGGUGGACGACCACCGGGUGCUGAGGGUGAGCGGUGAGCGGAAGACGGAGGAGAAAGUGGAGGACGAGAGGUGGCAUAGAGUGGAACGGACGGUGGGGAAGUUCUGGAGGCAGUUCAGGCUGCCGGCGAAUGCGGACAUGGAGAAGGUGACGGCGCGGCUGGAGAACGGGGUGUUGAGGAUCAGCGUGGGGAAAUUGGCUGAGGGGGAGAAGAAGAGGGAGCCAAAGGUGAUUAGCAUUGUUUCCGAUGAAGAGAAGAGCUCCGGCGGAGAUGUGGUUAAGCCCACGAAGCAAGAGCUGUGAACAACCACGCCUUCCCCUCUCGUCUCUUGACGCACUUGUGCUGUUUGUAUGUAUUUGCAUUUUGUUGCAUCGGUGUGAUGUAUGUAACCAAUGCAGGUUUUGAGUGUGUGUUGCUAUCAACGAAUGAUUGGUGAAUAAAAUGUGUUUUGAGUUAUUUUUCAAAGGGACAUUCUAU